AUGGCGGACAUAGUUGAGAUGUUUUUACAAAGGUUGGGGUGCAGUGACGACGGCGAUGGUCAUGGAACGAGGCGUGCUGUAUUUUUUACGUACUGCGAGUUAGCCGUAACACUUUUCUUCGCCGUUUUGACGUACCUGUCGUUAGUCUACUCGACGGGAGAUCAUCAGCUGUCCAUUCGCAUGUACGGCCUCUUGUGCUUUGUCAUCGAAAUCUACAUUUUUGCUUAUACAGCCGUCAGGGUUUACCAUCAGUCCGAUCAUCGCGAUAUGUACCAGCGUUCACGGAAAGUGGGAAUUCCGAAAAAAUAUAGACGGAAAAUCGCGAUGGUGAUCAAAUACCACCUCGUCAUGUCGAACGUGGUCUUGGCAAUUCCCAUGUUGUGCACGAUUUCGUCGGAUGGGUUGCGGAUGGGCGACCCGUUCACGUUCCCCUUCAUGGACGUGUUGCCGAUAAAAACGACAAACGUCACUGUCUACGUGUGCAAAUAUAUCGUAUACACUUUUCCCCUGUACUUUGCACACUUGGAAUUGUGUUUCCUGAAUGUGACGUUCAUGUAUUCCACGGGCGUCGUGAAGAGACAUUUUCAGAUACUCGACGAACAGGUCGAAGAAGCGAUGGUAACCGAGGACGAACAGAAAUUAAAGAUCGCGAUCAUUCACCAUCAACAGGUGUUGAAGUUUUUUAAAGAUAUGAAGACAGUUUAUGAAAAACCAUUAUUAUUAACAAUAGAAGGUUUUGCAUUAUAUAUUGGCUUAUGUUGUUGUGUAAUAAUUCAAGUCAUACAGGGUUUUGUUGAUCAAAUAAUAUUGGGAUUAUGUAUAGCUAGUUGUGUGGCGGGUUUCAUGGUAAUUUUAAUUUAUUGCAUGUGUGCAAGCAAUAUGUAUGAUUUACAAAAUGGUAUAUUGAACUCACUUUUUGAACACCGAUCAUAUUAUUCUCGAAACAAAUCAUUUAAAAGUAUUAUUUUAAUAAUGAUGACAAGAGCAACAAUACCAUUCGAAUUUAAUGUUUAUUCACUUUUCAUCGUAAACUUGAAUCUACUUGUCAGAAUCUUAAGACUUACAUAUACGGUGCUGAAUGUUUUAUUAACUACAAUCAAUCUCAAAUUUAAAGAAACUGCAAUAUGA